UUGCAGGAGCAAAUGUGGAAGUACCUGCAGGAUCUCGUUGGGGCGCACCCGAGGCUGCCAGUGCUCAUCACUGGGCACAGUCUUGGUGGUGCCAUGGCCGAGCUCGCUGCUGCAGAAUUUGCGUCGCGGCCGUACGCCUCCGGCGCGGUGCCGAGGAUUGAGCUGUACACGUUUGGUGCGCCGCGCGUGGGCAACACUGAGUUUGCCAACUGGAUCGUCGCACUGUUCUGCAGCGGCGGCCACGAGGUGUACCGCGUCACACACAUGCGGGAUCCUGUGCCCCACCUUCCACCCAUGUUCAUGGGGUUUGAGCACGAGCCCCACGAGGUGUGGUACGACAAUGCCGGCUCCACGAGCUACAGGAACUGCAGCGAUGCGGCUGGACACGUGCUGCUGUUGGGGAGUGUUACUGUUUGGAUUUUUGGGCACGCCGUGGUGAGGGCAGAAAGCUGCUUUCUUGGGGUAGAGGCCGCUGUAUUUACUUCUCUGUGUUUGUGUGGCGGUGUUUCUAUUUUUUGGUUGUUAUUUGGCUUUUUUAGAAGGUUUUUGGGUUAUUUGAGGGAUAUCCCGCGUUUAUUGGUGCGGGCUGUUAUGCACCACACGUUUUGCUUGCGUGCUCUUUGCGCGUGUGUGAGGGAGGAAGAUGAUAGUUGGGGAUGGGGCGCGUGUGGCGUGCAGCAAGGCUGCAUCGCGGGGAUGACGUGCACGAAGGCUGCGGCGCACGCUGUCAGCUUGUCUUCUUCUUUUCUCUCUCUCUUCUAUUUAUUUAUUUUUGUAUUCCUUCCUAACGUUGCCGGUGCGUGUCCCCAUGCCAGGGACUUCAGGAGCGAUCUGAUACGCAAGUUUAACCUUCCAUCCCCGCCUCGUUCAGUUGUUUGGAGAGACAAGCCAAUUUUCAAUGAUGCUGUUUUCGUGGGUGGAGAAGCAGGGCAAGUUCAGCGAAUCAUGGACGCUGCGCCAAAUUGCGUUUGA